AAAGUCUGAACGGCGGUAUCGGAAUUGUUUUAAAAUUACAUUAUCUUCUAGAAUAUAAUUUAAUGUGGAUUAUAUCCAAUUAAUUUCCAACACAGAGGAGAUGCCACUUCCAUUUUCUAACAUCGCACUACCGGGUGGUGGCCAUUCAGCACGACGGCGACGAGCAGAAGACGGACAAUCUAAGACGUUCCGUUAGCAUGACUUCCACAAGGAGAUUAUGCAAGGAGCUGGAGGAAAUCCGCAAAUCAGGAUUCCGAGAAUUCCGCAACAUCGAAGUGGACGAAUCCAACAUUUUAAUCUGGCACGGUCUCAUUGUGCCUGAAAGCCCCCCGUACGACAAAGGAGCAUUUCGGGUGGAGAUUAACUUCCCGAACGAGUACCCCUUCAAGCCCCCCCGCAUCACUUUCAUGACAAAAAUCUACCAUCCCAACGUAGAUGAGAAGGGUCACGUGUGCUUGGCCAUAAUCAGCUUAGAGAACUGGAAGCCCGCCACCAGAACGUCCCAAGUCAUCCAGUGUCUGAUCUCGCUGGUGAACAUGCCCCAGCCCGAGCGCCCCCUGCGGGCCGAGCUGGCCAACGAGUAUACGGAAGACCGAGCGCAGUUCAUGAGAAACGCCGAGGAUUUCACCAGGAGGCACGGAGAGACCCGACCCGACGACUGACCGGCCGGAACGCCACAAGAGCCUUCCCCCUCUCAUCUCCUUUUCUGCCAAAACUCGUUUUUUGAGUAACUAGUCGGGCUGUGGUGUAUCCAGAAUGAUGUCCUGAAAGAUGUUUUUGACAAAAUGUGUCAAAUGCUUUCUUCAUAUGUAUGUAACUUGUUAAUUCUGUUUCUCUGAAUUAUGCCAAGUAACAAGUGAUUAUACAUAUGUGAGACUUAUUUUAUUUUAGUAUCAAUGAUUGUGUCAGACUAAUUCCAACAAGCAACUCGUGACCGCGCAAUAGUGCGAUUUAAUUGGACUUUUCGGCACUAUUAAAAAGUUCUGUACACAUUUAUCCCAAGUAAGAAAUAAAUAUGUAACUGCCUAA